AUGACUACCGCCCACAGACCCACCUUCGACCCCGCACAAGGGAAAGAGGCCCUCCGUGGCCCGGCAUACCACCAGCGACUUCUGCCUGCUUACACACACCUGAAAACUCGUCAAUCGGGACAGGGAGGCGAAGCCGAAUCCCAACAACGCGACCUGCGCGCCGAGCUGCUCCAGGCUGAGGCUUCUCACUUCGCCAAGAAGAAUGGUGUCCCCGUGAAUGAACCCGCGCUCGAGAACGCUACGCCUAAGCGCCAAUUGGAAGGGCCUUCGCCCGAUGGUGAUGCGGAGGAAGCGGAAGAGGACCCAGAAGCAAAGCGACGCCGAAUACUGGAGGAGACCCGAGAUAUAGAUGCAGAUUCUGAUGGGUCGGAAGAGGAUAGCAGUGAUGAAGACAGUGACGACGAAGAGGAUGAAGCGGCAGAAUUGAUGCGCGAGCUGGAGAAGAUCAAGAAGGAGAGGCUCGAGCAGAAGGAAAAAGAGGAACGCGAACGUGCCGCCGAAGAGGAAGAACAACGAGAAAUCGACAUCGCUCGAGGCAACCCGCUGCUCAACUCCCAGGAAUUCAACAUGAAGCGGAGAUGGGACGACGACGUCGUGUUCAAGAACCAGGCUCGUGGCACUGAAGACAAGAGAGGCAAGGAGUUUGUCAAUGAUCUGCUGCGGUCGGACUUCCACAAGAGAUUCAUGGGCAAAUACGUUCGCUGA